AAAUGGUGCUGACGUGGACAACAUCUGGCAGUGAUGUGGACUUUCUUGUACGUUUUUUUCCAAGAGAUGGGAGGAAAAGAGCUCCACGCCUAGAGCCUAGGUUUUUAGUACUCGCGCGGUUGGCCGGGAAUUUCCAGCUCCAGGUAUUUUGCUCUCAAACCCUAGCGAUCCGGCGCCGUGCGCGCGACGGCGGCUCCAGAAUUCCUGGUGAAAUAUCAAUGCAUUUGAGCUGCUUGAUCUUCUGCCAUGGAAGUCGAGGCGGAUGCUCCGGUCCAGGAAUCUAGUGAAUCCGAGGCCCCGAAGGAGGCGGAGGUAAUGGAAUCGCAGGACGCUGUUUCCAGCUACAGAGUUGUAGAUGCGGUUGCAGAGAGCGAAGGGGAUUGGCCGGGGCCAAGAUGUGGGCACACUCUCACAGCUCUCGCUCCAAUUGGCAAGGAAGGCACUGCCGUCUACAUUGCCCAUCGCCUUGUGCUGUUUGGAGGUGCCACGGCUCUGGAAGGAGCAUCUGGAACUGGACCGCCCCUCUCGCCGUCUUCUGGAGACCCAGGAAUCAGAAUCGCUGAAGUCACUGCAAACGUCCAUUGCUUUGACACUGCUUCGAAAAAAUGGCAAAAGCUCAAUCCUUCAGGUAUCGCUCCAUCUCCAAGAGCUGCUCAUGCUGCAGCGGCAGUGGGUCCGAUGGUUGUUUUCCAGGGUGGCAUCGGUCCUGCUGGACUCUCAUCGGAUGACUUGCAUGUCUUGGAUUUGUCUCAGCCCGAGGCAAAAUGGCAUAGGGUGGUUGUCAAAGAAGGACCACGGCCAGGCCCACGCUAUGGGCAUGUUAUGGCACUAGUUGCACAAUUCUUGAUACUGGUUUCUGGGAACGACGGUGUUCGACUUUUCUCGGAUGUUUGGGUUCUAGACACGACGAAGAAGCCUUACCAAUGGGAGAAGGUUGAAGCCGGUGGCGAUGGACCUCCGCCUUGCAUGUAUGCAGCCGCAAGCACACGAAAGGAUGGCGUACUUCUAUUUUGCGGUGGGAGGGAUUCAAUCGGUGUGCCUGUUCCUGGUAUAUAUCGUCUUGUGAGGAAUCAAAUUGGGCACUGGCACUGGGAUAGGUUGCCUGGGACCUCACCUUCUCCUCGGUAUCAGCAUGCAGCGGCUUUUGCAGAUGCCAGAUUUCACAUUUCUGGCGGAGCUCAAGGGCGUGGACAUAUUGUGGAUGACGCGUCGUCUUUUGCAGUUUUUGAUACUAUUUCGGGAGUCUGGUACGAGGCUAAGUCCACUGGUGCCUCCGAUGAGUCUCUUGCACUCACUAAACGUUGUAGACAUGCUGCGGUGGGCCUGGGGAAGACUAUGUACAUUUAUGGCGGCUUGAAAUCAGGUGUACUGUUUAGUGACCUGCUGGUUGCUGACGACGAGAAGCUGGAGGCUGCUUGCCGUCGGAACGAGAGCAGAGCGACCAUACGGAGAGAUCCGAACGAUCUUCAUCUUUUGGUUGAAGCAUCGGCUGCUGAGGCCGCGGCUAUCACCGCUAUCAUGGGUAAGGUACAAAGCCAAAAUAACGGGGUUGCAGUUGAAAGUGUCUCGCCAUCUUCCGACUUACCUAUGCCCAAUGCCAUGCCCGGCUCGGACGUUCGACUUCAUCACAGAGCGAUUGUUGCCACAGAGCCGGGAGGUGGAACGUUACGAAGUCUAGUGAGGCAGCUCUCCUUGGACCGUUUUGAAAACGAGGGACUAGGGGUCACUCGUGAAAUUUCGAAGAGAGUCUUAGAAAGACAAAUUUCAAUGUACGGUGUACAUAAGAAGGUUUUGGCUCUCUUGUUAAAGCCCCGAGAAUGGAAACCUUCCUUGCGGAGAAAUCUAUUUCUUGAGUUCAACGAGGUUCUAGAGCUCUGUGACUCGGCAGAAAACAUUUUUAGAGCCGAGCCUAAUGUUCUAAAAUUGAAAGCUCCCGUCAAAAUUUUUGGCGACAUCCAUGGGCAAUUUGGAGAUCUGAUGCGCUUGUUUAACGAAUACGGAUCGCCGUCUACAGCCGGAGAUAUUUCGUACAUUGAUUAUCUUUUCCUUGGUGACUACGUGGAUCGUGGGCAACAUAGCCUGGAAACUAUUUUCUUGCUGCUAGCAUUGAAGAUUGAGCACCCUGAACACGUGCAUAUGAUUCGAGGCAACCACGAAGCUCAAGACAUCAAUGCGCUCUUUGGCUUCCGCACCGAGUGUGUAGAACGAAUGGGCGAGUGGGAAGGAGUAUGGGCCUGGCACCGCAUGAACCAGCUCUUCAACUGGCUGCCCCUUGCCGCAGUGAUAGAGGAAAAAAUUAUCUGCAUGCACGGUGGGAUUGGCAAAUCCAUCAACCACAUUUCUCAGAUCGACAACCUUGUUCGUCCAAUCACAAUGGAUACAGGAUCCAAUGUCCUGAUGGAUCUUCUUUGGUCCGAUCCAACUGAGAACGACAGCAUCCAAGGCAUUCAACCAAACGCUCGUGGACCAGGCCUGGUUACGUUUGGCCCGGACAGAGUGAUGGACUUCUGCAAUAACAACAACCUGGACUUGAUCAUCAGAGCGCACGAAUGCGUGAUGGAUGGGUUUGAACGAUUCGCCCAGGGGCACCUGAUAACUCUCUUCUCUGCGACAAACUACUGCGGCACGGCCAACAAUGCGGGAGCGCUCUUGGUCCUCGGGAGAGACCUCGUCGUUGUGCCAAAACUGAUCCAUCCAUUGCCUCCGUUCGACGAGGACGAGAUGGACGUGACAUGGAUGCAGGAGUUGAAUGCCCAGAGGCCGCCGACGCCAACGAGAGGAAGACCGCCGUCUGUGGCGGAUCGAAGCUCUCUGGCUUACAUCUAACGUGUAGUUUGUAUCGUCGUUUGGUUUCGUCCUUGUACAUUCCAGAUGGAUUAGUUCUCCAACUGUUUUACAAAUUCUUUCAAAGUGCUCACGAAA